AGCAUAUUACUUGGUUGCUUGCUUUACCUGCACUGACGAUGUUUAGUUUAUCGUAUUACAAGAGAAAGGGAAAAAAUACAAAGUGGUAACCACCAAUGCAAUAUUUAACGUUAAUCGUGCUUAACAGCUUCGGGGGUACAGACGUUUUUUUUAUUUUUUUUCGUCUGUCUACUCUAUUAUUAUUUUAUUAUCUAUAUUUCAUUUACAUAAAACAAAUAGAUAAAAAUUUUUUUAAUCUACUAAUAGUCAGUCAAUUAAAUUUAAAAUUAAAAAGCGUUAUCAUCUUAAUGAUGAAGACAGUAUUGUCAUCUUGUGACUGUUGUACAAAGGGUUUUGUGAUAUUUUGAUUUUUUUAUCACUAUUAAAUUGUUGAAAUAUCAAAUGACGUUUUAUAAAUUUUAAUAAAAAUGUCUGUCAUUUGUUGAUUAAAUCAAACACAGAUAAUCACAAAUCAGAUUACAAUCAAUAGCUUUUAUUGUAUGUCAUUGUAAAUCAUUGUGAUAUCAUUGUCAUUGAGAGUAAUGAUAAAAUAUAAAAUAUAAAAAAUAAAAAAAAAAUAGAUUUGGUGGUGACACGUUUUUUUUUUUCAUUAAAUUGUUUUGGAGUCACAAAAAAAAAAAAAAAUAAAAAAAAAAAAAAAACACGUUUAUUCGUGACUGUGUCAUUGUUUAGCCGAACGUUUGUCGGCUAUCAUCUAUAGACAAUCAUCAUCAUCAAUAUAAAAACACAAAUAUAUUUGUAUUUAUUUUUUUUCAAAUAAAGUGUUUUUGUUGUUGGAUUAUUUAUAACAUAAUUUAUAUUGUGUUCAAUUGUGCAUGGAAGCUGGCUAUUAUACUUUGACUCAGAAAUUACCAAAUAAAACGAUAAAAUGUGGAAAAAAAAUACAGAGAAGGAAAAUCCUGGGAACCAGAUGAAAGAAUUUAGUAGCACAACAAAAAUUGCAACUGGUGCUAUUGGCGAAUACCACGAGAAAGAUGAGCUUUAUGAUCCAUUUGAGCAUCGUGAUAAAAAAGAUGCAAAUUCUGAUAUUGGCUCAUUGGCACACAUGAUAAAAUCAUCACUUGGUUCUGGUAUUCUUGCAAUGCCAAAUGCUGUUAAAAAUGGUGGUCUUAUAUUUGGUGGUAUUGGUACAAUAAUCAUUGGAAUAAUUUGCUCUCAUUGUGUUCAUAUACUUGUGAGAUCAUCUCAUGUAUUAUGUAAACGUACUAAAACACCACAAAUGACAUAUGCUGAAACAGCUGAGGCUGCAUUUGCAUCAGGUCCAUUAAAACUUCGUGGUUUAUCAAAAUUUGUUAAAAUACUUGUUAAUGCAGCACUAUGUGCAACUUAUGUCGGUGGUGCAUGUGUUUAUGUUGUUUUUAUUGCAACAUCAAUACAACAGGUUACAGAAUAUUGGACCAAUAUGGAUAUCAACAUACGAUGGUACAUUUUAUCAUUACUACCAGCAGUUAUUCUUUUAGCACAAAUACGAAAUUUAAAAUAUCUCGUGCCAUUUUCAGUUAUUGCUAAUUUAUGCAUUGUCAUUGGAUUCAGUAUAACACUUUGGUAUAUAUUUACUGAUUUACAACCAGUUAGUAGUGUUAAAUAUUUUUCAAGUAUUGAACAAUUACCAAAAUUUUUUGCAACAGUUAUAUUUGCCAUUGAAGGAAUUGGUGUGGUAAUGCCAGUUGAAAAUAGUAUGAAAAAACCACAACACUUUUUAGGAUGUCCAAGUGUAUUGAAUGUAACAAUGACCAUUGUCGUAACUUUGUAUGGAGUUAUGGGUAUUUUUGGAUAUUUGAGAUACGGUGAAGAGACACAGCCAGUUAUUACACUCAGUUUAGAUACAUCAACAGUAUCGGGCCAAAUGGUAAAGAUCCUCAUAGCCUUGGCAAUAUUAUUCACCUAUGGUCUACAAUUCUUUGUGCCUCUUGAAAUUAUGUGUAAUGCAUUGAGGCCUCGAUUUUCUCAUAAUUUUGCAACGAUAGGUGAAUCCUGUUUCAGAAUUCUCAUGGCAUUAUUGACUGUUAUUGUUGCAUUGGCAAUACCAAAUCUUGAUGCAUUUAUCUCACUUGUUGGAGCUGUAUUUUUUUCAUUUCUUGGUAUUGCUAUACCAGCAAUUGUCGAGACAAUAUCCUGCUGGGAAGGACAUCUUGGCUUUCUCUAUUGGAGAUUAAUUAAAAAUAUUAUUCUUUUUGUAUUUUCAAUGCUUGCCUUGGUAACUGGAUCAUACGUUGCAAUUAAUGACAUCAUCAAAGAUUACGCAUAAGUAAUACUUUCUUUUUUUUUUUUUUUUUCGAAUUUUUUUUUCUUGCAUUCUUCAAAAAAAUUUGUAAAGCCACUAAAAAAUAUCAACUCUUAUAAAUAAUGAGUCAUUUGAGACCCUGAAAAUAACUUCCAUUAUGCUUUUAAAAGUCAAAAAGAAAAAAACAUCAAUCCAAG